AAUAAGAGAAUCUCAGAAUUUUAAUUAUAUCCUUAAAAAUCUUCUUGUUUUUACAAAUGAACUAUUCAUCAACUCAAUUUUAGCAUUCAGCAAUUAAAUGGACUACAAACUUUAUUCAAAACCAAACAGAUUUGGCAGACUCUCUCAGAUAUCGAAGCAGCUAAAUGUUGACUGGAACAGGAUCCUUGAGCUUGAAUCUAAUGUUGAUGAACACAAGAGGUAUAUCAAGAUUUGUGAAAGAAAUAAACAUAAGUGCGACUUCCUAAGAUUGACCCAAACCCAUGAUGCCUUGAAGAUAAUAAAGAGCGAAUUAAGUGAGUAUAAAUGGAUUCUUAAUGAAGACUCUAAUUCUACCAACACAAAGUUGUUUGCUGAUCUAUAUGUGCAGGUGAACUAUCUUCUCUGAAAGUUACAGAACUUUGCUCCUUCAACGAUGACACAAGAAACAAAACUUUUAGGAGUUAAGAGCGAGGAAAGCAAAUGGUUAAAUCAUUUAAAUCAAGAAUCAGCCUUAGAUCAUGCUUCUCUUGUAGAAAUACCUUUAUCGCAGCAACAUGAAUCGGAAUGGAGAAGCCUUUUAUUUGGUAUAUCGAGGAACUGCUUUAUUGAUAUAUGACGCACAAUUGAUUGUGGAAAUCGUUUUUGCCCAUCUCUGAGACAUGAAGAAUUAUAUAAAACCUUGAUUGACAUCACUUGAUUAAAGGACCAAAAAUUGAUCAGGAAAAUGAAGAAGCUGACUUUUCUAGAUCAUUAUGAGCUAAAGAUAGAUAAUACUAUAGUAAAGGGAAAUUAUCUCAACCUUUUCUUGGAGAAGUGUUUUCCUAAAUAACGUGAGAACUCUUACUCUAGAAGCUGAAAGCAACCAAUUCUUUAAUAUCACCAGGAUUUUCAAUCCACUUGUGAAGGCUAGUUACAGGAUCACAGACAAAAUUUUGAUCAGUAGGAUGAGGAUCAGCCAAAGACAGUAUCAAAAGCUACUUGUUGCGAAUAGAAAUACCGGAGUAGUUGGGCUCCAUGAUUGCCAUCUUUUGAUUACUACUGUGCUCAAAUUUGGACAGUCAAUGAAAGGAGCUACUAUUAAAACUCUUGAUUUUAGUAAAUGUGGUCACAGAUCUGUGAAGAAUAGGCUUGAAGCUAAAAAUAUUUUUGAGCUUAUAUUGCAAGGGAUCUCAGAAUGUCCUGAUCUUAAGGCCUGCUUGGAGCUUGUUGAUUUCAAAGAAGGUCGACUAUUUCAACGUGACAUAAUAGUACUUCGAGAGAAGCAUGAUCUAAUUCAUGUAAAAUAUGAUUGCUAACCUGUAAAA